AUGAGCCUCUCCUCUCUAGAGCUCAGUGUCUGUUACGGUACCAGCAAGGUCAACCUCGUGAAGAUCGCGUCCACAGCAUCCAGCCCGCGGGACACAGCUCUGGCAGCCGUCAUCUGCAGCGCUCUGGCCACUGUCCUGCUGGCCCUACUCAUCCUCUGUGUCAUCUACUGUAAGAGGCAGUUCAUGGAGAAAAAACCCAGCUGGUCUCUGAGAUCACAGGACAUUCAGUACAAUGGUUCUGAGCUGUCGUGUUUUGACAGACCUCCGCUCAGCAACUGUGCUCACAGAGCAUGCCACCAAUGCCACCGAGACCUGGCCCAGAACUGCGGGCCUGUCCACCUGAUCCCGUCCCUGUGCUGUGACGAGGCCUGCAGCAGCGGCCGGGCCACUCUUCAGGAGAGAAAUGCAGGCCCAGCGGGGGAGACCGUGCCCACUCCGUUCCGGUCCCUCUCGCGGUCCUUCUGUGGCGAGUUUUCAGACGCCUGGCCUCUGAUGCAAAGUCCCACGGGUGGUGACGACGUGUCUUUUUGCGACUCUUAUCCUAAACUUGCCGGAGAAGAUGUUAAUUCUGUCAGUCCAGAAAAGGAAAGCUCAGCCUCUUUGGAUUCAAACAGUAGUCAGGAUUUGGUUGGUGGAGCUGUUUCAGUUCAAGCUCAUUCUGAAAACUUGACGGAAACUACUGAUUUAUGUAGAUACGACAACACACUGACAGCACCGGCACUAACUCGGGCUGCACCAGCUACCAGAUGGCAGCGAGGUCAGGACAGUGGUGAUGUCCAGGAGGCUUGAAGGACUGACUGGCUUCUUUCUGCAGUGGAAGUGUGUUCGUGGAACUAAAAAGGCACCCCCACAUCAGGCUUAUGGACUGGGCACAGUCUAGACCUUGCACGGCUUCUCAGGGGAAAAUAAAUCUGAACCAAACUGACAGCAGUGUAAGCCUUUCAACUGGCGGCCUCUGAGCUAGACCAGCUGUAAGCUGAAACCUCAACAAAUAACAAGAAAAGACUUCAGACGGACUCAUGAUAUUUUGCCUCUUUCCUAAACUAGAAGCUUCUCUGCUGCAAGAGUGACUUCAAAGACUGAUGGGUUGAGAUUGCAGACAUUUAACAAGGAGCAGAAAUGCAUUAGUGCUUAUUUUCAUGGUGAAUGUGGUUUUAUAAGACCGAAGACCCAGAGUAUAAGUUUUCACUUACAUUUUCUUUUCAGAAAUAAUUGCAUAUAGUCUGUUAUCCUACUAAAAGUCAAUGCCAGAUUAAUUACACUAGUGUUUACGUAGAAUAGGUUCAAAAGUGAAUGUUUCUAUUUGAGAAAGUCACUUUAUCAUGGAAACUGAUUAGCUUAGAUGGUUAGAAUUGACUUCAUACUGCCUGCCUAAGUCUUGGGUUUGUUAGAUGAAGUUAACUGACCUUACUAGGAAUUGGAGGAGAAUAACUCUUUUCCAGAGUCUACACUUCUAACCUCAGCCUUUGUCUCAUAACACCUGCAGUGAUGGUAGCCAGAGAGGCUGGGUUAGGACUGUUGGUUGGAAAAGGGCGGCUCAUCGCCCUCAGUUAAAAACCACUUAGCGCACAUAUCCUAGAGACCUGCAUGCAAAGAUUAGCAUAUUUAUGUGAAAAUUAGUUGACAUGGAAGCAUGUGUUACAUCUGUCCCUUUGCCUGACUUAAAAGAUGCAGAAGUUCUUUUACAGAAAAGUGGUGUUUAUAUACAGAAUGAUCUUUUAUCCACAUUGUAUCUUAUACUAAAGGCUUUAGAAAUUACAGCACAUCAGGGUCCCUGACUACUGAAGUAGUCUUCAGUGGGAAUACAGUACAUACCAGAACCAGAAGAAAAAGCACAGUUUGUAGGCAGUGUUUCUGUGAACAGUCUAUGAGUGCCCUGUAGUGUCGUUUAACCAGGUUGUCAUUGUGCUCCCAACAAUCUUGUAAGAUUAGUUAGCACAGAAUCUCCUACUUUAGCCAGAUGAUGCUGGAUUUAAGAGUAUAAUGCUUCUAUUAAGACAUUCCAUCCCCUACCACCUUGGUAUGUACUCACUAGAGUCGUCCCUAGGGCUAAGAAAGAAAUUAACCCAAUACAGUCUUGAAGCAGGGAAUGGCUCAUUGGCUCCUAAUCUUCAUGCCCUAAAGAAGACUUAAUUGAACAGGAUUUAUUUUUUUUCUGCUUGAUCAUACAUGAUCAGAUCUGGCCUUUGUCUUUUAACUGCUCUGUCACAUUUGCACUUAAAAAAGAAAUAGACGUUUGAACAUCAGUAUGUUCGAAUGCACUUAGUAUUUUGUUUUGGAAUUGACCUGCCCAAAUCAGUGUCUUUUAGCUAACGUUUAAACUGAAUGUUAAAACUGAUCUUUCCAAGGACAUUUUUAUCUUCUCACUCAUUAGCCCAUGGUUUUCUCUCUUAUGAGACAGUAAAAUUCAAUGAGCCCUCUUCCUUGUGGCCUCUUCUCUAGUCAUGGUUUUUAGUUUUGAUAUGUGCUUGCCAGUUUGCCUGUAUCUGGUCCUUCUUACAACCUCAAUUCCUUUACCUGAAAUAGGAAGUGAGGGUGUCUCAUGGUAACCCGUGAUCGUUCACGUCUCUCUAGCGCUUAGUCAUAAUUGGUUGACUUUUUCUUUU